ACACACAAACACACACGCGCGCGCGCACUCACACACACCGAACUCGGUGGCGCGCGAGACCCAACACUGUUACUGUCCAAUUUGAGAUAUCUGGUCGAAGUUUCAGGCACGGGAAUAAUCCCAGACCAGACAUAAACAGUUUGAUAGUACCAACCCAUGCGGGCUUUCACAAGCUCUAUCUUCAAUAUUAAAGGGAAAGUUAGGCAUUAAAAGAAAGUGAUGAUAAUAUUUGACAUGAUGAAUGUUGGAGAAGUAAAAGCAAUUUCUCAACAUUGCUGAGACCACAAUCCAUUUCUUUUGAUUAAUAGACAAUCAGACUAGUUUCUUUGCCUUCCAUUGAAGAUCAUUGUCAUACUCUAGUAGCUAGUGCCAAAGACUUGUACCACGGGACUUGGGUUCGAUUCCCAUCGAAGUGAAAAAAUCCUGGCCUGGGUGUUUUGGCACCCACAACUCGGGAGAAAAUUAUAGAUCGGGGGCUAAUAAAUCAGAACCAUUAUUUAUGUAUUAGAAUAAUUUGUGCUUUGCUUAUAAUAAUAUGAACAAGUAGCCCGUUACUUUGUCAUGCGCCAUUGAAUUACAAUCCUAUCGAGUUAUCCCGAUUAUCAUGCAAAUAUUAAUUGUACUUUUUUUAAUAACUUUAAAUGGCAUUGUAAAAAAAAUUUACUUAUUGAAGUAAUUUAGUUUUUAUUAAAUUAUAUAAAAUCUGAAAUGUAAAUAGACAAAGAUACAGAAGAGUUUUAGUAAAACGGAAAGGCAGUUCAUUACCUUGAUUGAAACUUAUUAACAUUGCAGUAAUAAAUUGCAUAUUUUGGGGUUGAACGGUUUGCAGGUAAGGCCAAAUUUAGUUUCUGUUGAUUCUUUACAUUUAUACUAAAUAUAUUUAUUAACAUCUUAUUAAUUAAGCAAUGUGUUUUAAGAAAUUGAUUAAAAAAAACUAUAAAAAUAAAUUCCUGCUGGUUAUACGGUGUUUACGACACAAGCCAACAUUUUGUAGUGUGGUUAUGGCUCCAGAAUGAAAAACUUCCUCGCAAUACGCGCUGUUAUGGCGACAUUACUAAUAAACCACAAUGAAUAAAAUUUAUCAGAUCUUUUGUUACAAGAGAGUCAUAACGAAUGUGGAUGACUACAAGAGAAAUUAUGAUACAGGUGAUAACUUGGAAUUUAGAUCGAAAAAAAGAUGAUUUGAUUGUCUGAAUGAUGACAUUAUGUGAAAUUAUGGUGUAACCAAGUAAAUAAUAAAAAAAUGUCUAAAGAAGACAGAGUAACAGUUUAUUGUGAUACCUCGUGACGUCCGAAAAAUUUCGUCUCUAACACCAGUGAGGUAAUGACAAAAAUAAACAGCAAACAAUAAGUAGAAAAGGGAAGAAAACCUCUUCAAUGAUAUACUAAAAAGGAUUCUAACUGAUGGCGAUGAUGUAAAUAUGAAACUUGUAAUGUUUUGGAGUAAGCUUUCUAUUUCAUUCACUCAGAAACAACUAUAAGAGUCACGUUGGUUUGACAAUUAUGCCUAAGUUAUAUUGCUUGAAGUAAGAAACUCUGUUUUGUAUGCUCUCAAGAAAUACUCUGCAUUUUAUGAAAACUGAGACAGGCGAAAAUGCACUACACGUAUUUAUUUGUGGCGAUUAUUGACCUAAAUACUAAAUUUAAUUACUACCGAAUAUAUUUUUACUUACAAUGGACGUUGUUCCUUUUCUGCCAAUGUACCUUUUUUAUCACUUAAAAAUCAUGCCUUUUUAAUGAAAUUUUCAAUUCAAAGUAGCCAUUGUUUUAAAAUGAUAACUUAGGCGUACAUUGAUAGUAUUUUGACAGUACCCUAACCUUUCCUGAAAUAUCAAUCGCAACAGUUUCAUUACAAUCCGAUGGUUGGUAUAGGAAUGCAUAUAUAGAACAAAUAUACAAAUACAUAAAGUCCAAAUAUAUAUUUUCAACCCCUAAUACGCACACUUUUAGGGCUAAACAUUUUAAAAAAAAGUAUACAUUUAUUUCUAAUCAGAAGCAAGCAAAAAUAGCAUAUAAAAUUGAAAAAAUAGCGGAAUUCAAUACAAUCAUUUAUAUGUAAUAUAAUUUACUGCUUUAGGAGGGAAGUUUCCCAAUAUAUUUCUUCAGUAGAUGCUAAAAACCUAAAAGGCAUCAACAGCCCAAACUUCAAGUUUCGAUCAAUCAGGCGGAAAAACAUAUAAAUAGAGAGAAUAAGAAAAAAGGUUUCGAAAGUACAUUCUUCUUGUUGCAUUUCAAAAUUACUGCGUCGUUUUGACAAUUGUGUUUUGAAGUACAAACCUUUUUGACACAUUUUAGACUUCUUUUCAGUUUUUUAAAUAAUUAUAUUACUAAAAUAUUGUAGUAAUCAACACAAAAAUGUAAUGUAACAUGUUUUAUCUGUUAAACCCCAAACCAGUUGACGAUGUUGUUGAACACGCGAUGAGGGACACAUCCGAGUCGUGAUCGGUAACAUGUAACAAUUGUUCAUUCGUUAGGUAAAUCAUUAAAUAAAUAUAAAGGCGUUUCAAGGUACUUUUUUUUUCGAUCAAGAUGUUAAAUCUGGUAAAUUACCAAAUAAUAAUAUAUCUAUAAUGGAAAAUGACCCUAACAAAAAAGAAUCGAGGGGAAGAAGGCUAUUCAAAAAAGUAAUUCGUCGCAAAAGUAAAUCCAGCGAUGACGGUAAAAAUUCUAAACUAGAACGAAGAAACGAAGAAAGUGCAUCAAUUGAAAAUAAAAGUGGCUCUGAAGAUAUCAAUGACAGCUCUUCGCUCCGCAAUGUAGAUGGAACCAAAGGAGUAGAUCCUCAGAAAAUUAAAUUAGAUGACAAGUUGGAACUUUCACGAAUCCGAACCGAUUCCGUCCAAGAAGACGUGUUACGCAUUCAAGAUGAUGAAGAAACCGAAGAGUACUCUUCAAAACAUGUUCGACCCAAUACGCAAACCGUUACUAUAAAAGAAUCUACAAACCAAAUCCAAACAAGGAAAACAAGCUUGAAAAGGAAGUUAGAAGAGGAGAGCGCGGCCGGCACCAGCGCCGCCACGUCGGACAAUGACGCCGAUGACAAGGACACAAAGGAUAAAAAGAAAAAGAACAGAUGCGCUGUUUGCCGCAAGAAGGUUGGACUAACGGGGUUCGAGUGUCGAUGCGGCGGGUUGUUCUGCGCCGUGCACCGGUACAGCGACAAGCACGAGUGCUCGUUCGACUACCGAGAGCUCGGCGCGCAGGAGAUCCGCCGCAACAACCCCGUCGUCGUCAGCCAGAAGAUACACAAGAUAUGAGCCGCGUCCCGAGCCGCACCGCCGCAUCCUCCACUCCUCAAUAAAUGUUCGAUCGAGUCUGUGUUUCUCAUUCGCGAGCCCGGUCGUGUAGCGCACGUGACCUGACGUCAUCAGUCUACGACUUUCUAAAAGUCUGAAAUGCAGACUCGAUCCGUCGUCCGUUUAGAUUUAAUCAGUGGCGAGUUUACUUUAAAUUGUUUAAAUAAAAGCCGCAGACUAAGCGCGUUGCGGCCGCGAGUUCGGGAUUUUAUUUUACGAGGUCAUCAGUAGAGUUGCGAAUGUUGUCCGUUCACCUCCAUUGUAAAUAUUAGUGGUAAUUAAUUAUAGAGACGAAUCCUAUAUAUUGUAAAAAAAAAAAAACUUCAAAAAAAGCUAUGACACGCUACGUUUUUGGAGGAGAGCAUAGCGUGGUCGCGGGGUCGUGAGGAUCGCGGGCCGGCGCCCUAUUGACUCGUGUUUACUGUUGGCGAACACUCGACCGCGCCGGCCGCCCACCACACCGGAUGGUUCAACUUUACGUCAACUUCUUAUUAUUAGUGCUGUAAUUACGGUUUGGGAACUUGUCGCUUUAUUAUCGUAACAUUUGGCGUGAGUGAUAUAGCGUGUAGCGAGAUUGUUGUGUACCGGCGUGAGGAGAGCGCGCGAGCGACCCGCUCUGCUCGUGUGAAAAUUUUAAGUAAGCAUAUGAAUAGUUAUACAUAUUAUAAGUAGUCGACACUUUAUAUUAUUACACCUUAUAUAAGUAGGAAAGAAUUAUUUAGCUUUUUUUUUCUUUUAAUCACAAUAUUAUUCAAAAUUGUAAGUUGUAUGUAAUGUUGUUCAUUUUAGUGGUGAAGUUGGAACCGACAUAGUUAUCGUAUCGCUUCGGUCUCGUGCCCACGGUAGACUAACUGAUUGGUUGAACUUAAUUAUUUAAUGACUUUUGUUGUAUAUUUUGUUAGGUCAUUGAUUAAUUUUGGUCUUCGCUUUCGAACAUAAUCAGAUAAUGUUAAUGAUGAAUAAUUUUUCUUCUAUCUUGCUGUUUUAAUUUAGUUAUUCUUGUAUUAAAGUCAUUAAAUUUUCAGGAACAUAUAA